AUGCAACUGCUGUUAGGAAACUUUUUGGUGCUGUUCGUUGAAGAUGAACUGGAUUCUGUCAUUGGUGUUGAGUUUCAUUGCUCAUUUGGCAUUCCUGAAGUUCUAUAUUGCAUCUACUUGGCAGUUCCCUUGCUCUUUGCACCACCUCUUGCUUCUCCUGCUGCUGCCGCUGCCUCACCACCACCCUUAUGGCCUCGCAUUGGCACUGCUCGUCGAUGUUCUCCAACUGCUCACAGCACUGUCGGAGUGACUGUUGUUGUUCAUGUUACUGCUGGUUUGUGA